AUGUCGAAAGUGGAAAUGAUUCGGCAGACUUUCGCCUUCCUUACAAGAGGAACGGGAUUUGAUAAAGUGUUACAAAAACUCGUCGUGAAGGAAGCAACAGAAGGCAGAUGUGUUUGUGAAUUAAAAGUUGGUGAUGAGCAUACUAACAGAGGAAAGACUCUUCAUGGUGGAAUGACAGCUACACUGGUUGACAUGGUAAGCACUGCAGCAUUGAUGACUAAAGAAAACAUGGGCCCUGGUGUCAGUGUGAACAUCAAUGUUUCGUAUAUGCAACCAGCUUUUAUAGGUAAUGAUCUAAUAAUUGACUCAUCUGUAAUCAAGCUAGGUAAAACGUUGGCAUUUUUAUCCGUUGAAAUAAAAGAUAAAGCAAGUAAUAAACUGAUUGCCACUGGAUCACACACCAAAUUUUGUUUAAAAUCAAAAUAA